AUGAACCAAGGCAUCCUGGCCCUUGUCAGCUCCAUCGGCUGCACCUCAGCAGGAUCCCUGCAGUCCCUGGCAGAUGCCAUGCACAUCCCUCACCUCUUCAUCCAGCGCUCAACAGCAGGAACGCCAAGGAGCGGCUGCGGGCUGACGAGGAGCAACCGCAACGAUGACUACACGCUCUCCGUCCGCCCCCCUGUCUACUUGAAUGAUGUCAUUUUGAGGGUGGUCACAGAAUACGCCUGGCAGAAACUCAUUAUUUUUUAUGAUAACGACUACGGAAAGUAUCAGGAGGAGAGUGAAAUUCAGGUUCGCAAUGUAGUGUUAGGGUUCUUGGGGCAGAAUGCAGUUCUCACUGUAGCUGAGGUGGUUUAUUUAGUUUCUAAAGCAAAGAGGAAAUGGGAUAUCUAUCCCAACGCAGAGGGGCUAGAUCUGGAAGAACAAGAGCUGGAAAUAAAUGAUAUGGAUGUGCAGGAGCUGGUGAGAAGGUCAAUUGGAAGGUUAACAAUUAUUCGACAGACGUUUCCAGUCCCCCAAAACAUAAGUCAGCGCUGUUUCCGAGGCAACCACAGAAUAUCUUCAUCACUGUGUGAUCCGAAGGACCCUUUCUCCCAAAGCAUGGAGAUUUCAAACCUGUAUAUAUACGACACUGUCCUCCUGUUGGCGAAUGCCUUUCACAAGAAGCUGGAGGACAGGAAGUGGCACAGCAUGGCCAGCCUCACCUGCAUCAGGAAGAACUCAAAACCCUGGCAAGGAGGACGAUCCAUGUUGGAAACCAUCAAGAAGGGUGGAGUGAAUGGUUUGACUGGAGAACUGGAAUUUGCAGAAAAUGGAGGGAAUCCCAAUGUGCAUUUUGAAAUUCUGGGGACAAAUUAUGGAGAAGAUCUUGGCAGAGGCAUCCACAAG